AUGUCUGAACCUGUGAACAACGGUGUCGAGAAGGAUGUCGGCCUCGGGCCCGCCUCUACCGCCAAUGGCUCCAACCUCCAGCCCCAGAUGACCCAUGAGGAGCACGAAACCGCCAAGGCCGCGGCUCGCUUCGGAUAUGGCCCGCUGGCUCAAGUGAACACCAACGAGGCUCGUCUGCCUCCCUUUGGUGGUGAGUUCCAGCCUGGUCUGUAUAAGCCCGUCGAGGGCCGCAAGUUCGGUAACCCGGCUCCUCUGGGCCUGUGCGCUUUCGCCCUCACCACUUUCAUACUGAGUGCUAUCAACAUGAACACCCAGAAUAUCACCACCCCCAGCAUUGUCAUUGGUGCUGCGUUCGCGUACGGUGGUCUGGUCCAGCUGCUUGCUGGCAUGUGGGAAAUGGCCGUCGGCAACACUUUUGGUGCUACUGCUCUGUCUUCGUACGGUGGAUUCUGGAUCGCUGUCGCCAUCAUCCUGACUCCUGGUGGGUUCGAGAUUGAGACGACUCUCGGUGAUCAGUUCAAUGCCUCGUUCGGUCUGUUCCUCAUGGGCUGGUUUAUCUUCACCUUCCUCCUGGUCAUCUGUACUCUGAAGUCAACAGUCGCGUUCUUCCUGCUGUUCUUCUUCCUAGACCUGACCUUCCUCCUCCUCGGCAUCGCCUACCUCCUCCCGGAGAACGGCGCCGCCAACACCAAGAUCCAGAAGGCUGGUGGUCUCUUCGGAUUCCUCGCUGCCUUCGCCGCCUGGUACAACGCUCUGGCUGGUAUCGCCGAUACCUCCAACAGCUUCUUCAUCAUUCCUGUCGCCCACUUCCCCUGGUCUCCGGUAGGCCGUAGCCGCCGUGAGAAGACCGACCGUGAGAUGGCGUAA